AGUGAAGAUUUAUUGAAUCGUCAAAUUUAUAUAAACCCUGUUCAAAAUGAUACUAAUCGAUCCAUUAUUAUUGAAAUAUAUUUUCAUUUCAUUUACUUGGAUUACAUUUAUAUGGGAACUAUACCUUUCUAUCAGACAGAGAAAGAAAGUUCUUCAGACCAAGGAAGUACCAAAAGAGCUCAAAGAUGUAAUGAAUGAAGAGACUUUUCGAAAAGCAAAAUUAUAUACGCUGGCAAAGAAUCGGUUUGGUAUUUGCAAAGAAGUGUUUUCUAUUAUAGUUACUACAUUCGUUUUAUAUAAAGAUUUGCUAUCUGGAUUUUGGGAUGCAUCUGUCAUUCUAAGUCCAUAUGACAAUGAAUUGGCUGUAAGUUGUGUAUGGUUCUUCAUCCUGACAAGUCUUUCAACAUUAAUUGAUUUACCGUUUACAAUUUAUUACACUUUUGUAUUGGAAGACAAAUUUGGAUUCAAUAAGCAAACAUCUGGAUUCUUCAUAUGGGAUAAGCUGAAAAGUUACUUGAUUGCUCAAGUGUUCAGUAUGAUUAUAGUUUCGAUUGUUAUUGUGGUUGUGAAAAGAGGUGGAGACUAUUUCUUUGUUUGGUUAUGGGCUGUAGUUUGCAUAAUCACAUUGAUCGUGCUUACUAUUUAUCCAUCAGUGAUAGCCCCAUUGUUUGAUACUUUUGUACCCUUGCCAGAAGGAGAGCUUAGGACUAAUAUAGAAAAACUUGCCUCUAAACUUGAAUUUCCUCUUACCAACAUUUACGUAGUUGAAGGUUCCAAGAGAUCCACACACAGCAAUGCUUAUUUCUAUGGAUUAUUCAAGUCAAAACGCAUAGUUUUAUUUGACACUCUACUAGCAAAAGAUGAUGGUAGUGGUUGUGGAGAUGCAGAAAUUCUUGCUGUUUUAUCUCAUGAAUUAGGACAUUGGAAGCACAAUCACAUAACAAAGAAUAUUCUAGUAUUUCAAGUAAACUUAUUCUUGUUAUUUUAUAUCUUCGCAUUCAUGUUCAAGUACCCACCAGUGUACAAAGCACUUGGGUUUUUCAAUUCUCAACCAGUUUUAGUUGGUUUACUAGUGGUGGUCCAGUACAUUAUGAUGCCAUACAAUACUCUAGUCUCAUUUUUGAUGACUUGCCUUUCUAGAAAAUUCGAAUUUCAAGCAGACGAAUUUGCAGCAAAAUUAGGAAAAGCUGAAUAUUUAGAAAAAGCUUUAGUACAAUUGAAUAAGGACAACCUAGGAUUCCCAAUUUAUGAUAAGGUCUUUUCUGCUUGGCAUCACUCUCAUCCACCUCUAUUGGAACGUUUAGAAGCUCUCAAACAUGGGAAGGAAGAAUAAAAUUUUGUAUUUUUUUAUUUAUUCAUGAUGAGAAUCUUGAAUCAAUCAAGUAACUAUCCAUAUUGAAGUCAAUUUCUAAAAAUAUUACAGACUUAAUUCUUUUCUAUUUCAAAAAUAUUUUCUGAAUAUAUUUAUAUCUUUUGUAAUAUGAAUUUGAUACAGGAUAAUUUUAUGACUUUUUAUAAAUAAUUCAAGACUAAAUGCCAUUUGAUUUGAUGUCUGAUUUGAUUUUGUAUGUUUUGUGAUUGUUCAAAGUGAACUGAAAAAGAAACAAAAUUUUUCAAUGAUGUGUUUAACUGAUUUAUAUUACUCCUCUUAUAAUAAAAAGAGAGCAUUAUUGCGAAA